AUGGAGCCUGUUGUGUUUGACCAGUCGCCGCUCGCAGAGUAUCUUCGUGACGAAGGCGAAGAGGAGCAGGCAGGAUGGGCGCACGACGAUCCGACCUACGAUGUGUCGCCUCCUUCGAGCCCUGAGUUCGCGCCGACAGGUCGGCCGAUGGUUAGGUCGAGAUUCCGCAAUAAUCCCCUCAGAGUCGACAUACCUACCAAAGCGGCCUCCGACAAGUCUUACAGACUCAGCUAUUCGACCGCGGUAGCAUCCAGGAUUGACCGAGCCGACAACUCCAAAUUCCUCGAGCAAUUUCGCUAUACUAUUAUCGCAUCCCAGCUAUUGAGUGGGCACUCCAUAUUAUCCCAGAACCAUGCAUCAUCCCGGUCCGCCAAUAUGGCCAUUGACGGAAACCCGGCCGACAAGUUGCUGGACUCAACGAGCGCGGUCGUCGUCGUUCUAGGGGCAUUGGCUCUCGUCGUCUCGAUCAACUGGCUUGCAGGAACAGGGCCAUUGAACAAACGGCGCACUUUCGUCAUUCUGUUGGUUUUUGUGAUCGCUGCAGGGAUCGCCCAUGUGUUUAUGCGUAGACAAUGGCUGAGGUACAGACGGCUCCAAGCACUGUCAGAGGUCACUGCAUUUGUUUCAAACUCUCAGGAAUUCGACAGCGCGACUGGCGCAGCGAUUGCUCUGGUGCAAGAGGUGGAACUUGUUUCCAGAGGUUACCGUCUGAGUGCGCCUCUUCCGCCCAUCAGCCGCAUAGAGGAUCGCUCACAGACUCGCAAGUGCGUGCGGCUCCGCAGGGCUCUGAGGGCGUGCUUCGCGGAUGUCAUUCCCGCAUACGAUCAGACCGUGGCGGUAGUGAAGGGGUUCUCGGAACAACUCGACCUCGAGAAGUACUACGACAUUUACGAUAUCAGCGAUUUCGACAUGUCCGAUGCCCAGCAAGGCUUCAAGGAGGAUGAGCUUGAGGACACCGAGUCUUUGAGGACGCUCAAGAUCCUCGCCGCACGGUUUCACACCAUCCGGAAGAUGUUCUUGUGUGCAUUGUUGGCCCUGGACGCGAGCGGUGAGAGCGACGACCUCUUGAAAUGGACUACCACAGUAGAAGCGGUGCGCACUCUCAAUACGGUCACCCAGAGGGCAUUCGACAACCUGAAAAGACUUCUGAGCGAUGAGGAGUCAUUCCCACCACCGCCAACUCCAAAGAUGCCAUUAACACCUGGUCGUGAGAGAUGGAGAUCACAAUUACGGAAACUGAACUCUUUGUCCAGCGGUAUUCGCGGUUUACAGGCUAAAUUGACGCUGUUAAGGGAGGAGUCUGACAGAAGCCUCAAUGAGUCUGACGACAUUUCCGAGCUCGGAUCCAACCUCAUGUCACAGUAUGAGUCCAUAGGGGCUGACCUGAAGAUACUGAUGCAGGCCUGGGAGGAAGGCAAAGCGGCACUCGCUCUGGGUAUCGACCGGAACGAAAAGCGACUUUGUUCCAUGAGCACACUGCUGUCUCCGACCAGCUCUCUCAGUGGGCUCACGACAGUUGAUGAAGGAGGCGGAGCAGCCGAAGCCCUCAAAGCUUUGAACGGAGAGUCCCCCUCAAGCUUAGACUUUAGCAGCACAGGAGAGCCCGACACGGAGGAGAUAUUUGAGGCGGUCGCUAAGCCGUUCCGGCCCCGCAGCUUAUUGACGAGAGACGAGCGCAUCGUCAAGAUGAGAGAAGACCGGGAGAAACGAGAGAUCGCCAAAGAAAAGGCGGAUGCCAACAGAGGCAUGCUCAAGGAACUUGAGAUGGUCAUCAACCUCCGGCCCCGCCCACGAACCGGGACGAAUCCAUCACGCAUUGUUUCGAUGUGA